CAGCCACCAACCCUCCAGGCCGGCAGUGUCCUCCCCAUUUCGUUGCUGCUGCUUCCGCCGGGAUCUGCUCAUGGAGGCGGUGGAAGACACCACAACCCUGGAGGCCGCGAUCGGUUGGCUCUCCGAUACCAUCCUUGCAAAUCUCCCAGCCGGCGGCAAGCUGGUUUCCUGGAUUCGCCAAGCUGGCCUUGGCAACGACGUCGAGAAGCUCAAGUCCGAGGUCGAGGCUGUGGAGAUGGUGGUCUCUGCUGUGCAGGGGAGGGCGGCCGGAAACAAGCCGCUGGCCAAAUCCCUCGCUCGGGUCAAGGAGCUGCUCUACGACGCCGACGAUGUGGUCGACGAGCUCGAUUGCUACAGGCUCCAGCAGGAGCUCCAACCAGAGACACUGCUGGAAAUGGAUGGACAUGGGAUGCAGCAAGUUGACAGAUCUAGUGAAAGUGAAACUAUCGAUGUACAGGGUAGCGGUAAUAGCAGGUUACGGUUCGAGGGAUGGAUUCACUUUGAAAUCACCGAGUUUGAACAAAACGGAGGGCCUGUCAAAGCAAUGUGUAAGCACUGUCAAACAGUGCUCAAGUGCAAAACCAAUAAGGGGACAUCAGUUCUGCACAAUCAUCUCAAGAGCAAAGGUUGUGCCAAGAAACGUGGAGCCAGUGACCCUUCUUCAAGCACCGCCGAUGCUAUUACAAUUCCUACCCCUGUUGUAACUGUCAGCAGAAAAAGGACGAGAACCAGUCAGGAGUCAACACACAUCACUGCAGCUAACCCAAACGGGUGGAACAAGGACGCAUUUUCUGAAAGGAUACAAGACAUCAUUAGUCAACUGCAAGGGAAACACGGGGCUAUCACAAGGCUUCUCCAAAUACUUCCGUCCGACUAUGUUGGUGCAAGGUCAAGCCACUGUCAGAGUAGAAUCUUGGAUCCAUGCCGAAGAACAUCAUGUGUUUUUCAAGGGAAAGUGUAUGGGAGAGCUGCAGAGAAGAGAUCCAUCAAAAAGUUGAUACAAGAACACAAACCAACUGCCAGUGUUACUGUUCUGCCUAUUGUAGGAAUCGGAGGAGUUGGGAAGACAGCUCUCGCUCAGCUUGUAUACAAUGAUCCAGCUUUGGAAAGUCAAUUUGAUCGCAAGAUAUGGAUCUGGGUGUCUAACAACUUUGAUGAAAUGAGACUCACACGAGAGAUGUUAACUUGCAUCUCCCCAGAAACACAUGAUGGCAUAUGCAACUUUAUCAAGCUUCAGGAGGUCUUGAAGGGUCAUAUUAAAACAAAGAGGGUUCUACUCAUUUUAGAUGAUGUCUGGGAAGUCAUGGAUGACUGCGUGUGGAACAAAUUAUUGGCUCCUUUCAAGUCUGACAAUGCAAAGGGCAACAUGAUAAUCAUGACAACUAGAAAACCAUCUGUUGCAAACAGUAGAGGUACAACUGGACCAAUUAACUUAGGUGCUUUGGGAAAGGACCAUUUUUGGCAAUUGUUUAAAUCAUGCACGUUUGGUGACGAGAGUUAUGAAGCGCAAGCAAGUCUAAGUGACUUAGGACAGGAAAUAGCACAAAAGUUAAAAGGGAACCCAUUAGCAGCGCAAACUGUCGGGCCUCUAUUAAGAGAUCAUCUUACUGUGGAUCAUUGGAGUAACACUCUGAAGACCGAAGCUUGGAAUUCCCUACAACACACUGGUGGCAUCAUGUCUGCUUUGAAGCUUUCCUAUGAUGAGCUGCCCUACCCUGUGCAGCAAUGCUGCUCAUAUUGUUCUAUAUUCCCCUACGGUUAUGAAUUUAUUGCCGAGGAACUAGUUCGUCUUUGGAUUUCACAGGGAUUUGUGAAGCGUGAUCAUCCAAAUAUGAGUUUGGAGGAGACGGGACGAUACUAUCUGACUGACUUGGUGAACCUGGGCUUGUUUGAAAGGAAAGGAUCCUCUCUUGGUAGUCAAACUCAAACUUGCUAUGCUAUGUCUGGCCUGAUGCACGAUUUUGCGAGGCUAGUUUCAAGAACUGAGUGUGCAACUUUGGAUGGUUUGCAGUGCAAUGAAAUGUUGCCAAAUGUACACCACUUGUCCAUAGUAACCAGCUUUGUGUAUCAGAGGCAGGAUUGGACUGGGAAUAUACUUCGUAGUGAGAAGUUUGAAUUUUUGUUGCAAAAUAUAGUUGCAUCAGUGAGUAAGUUGAGGACAUUGGUGUUAAUUGGGGAGUAUGACUCCUUUUUCUUCAAAGCAUUCCAAGAUGUAUUUGAAAAAGCACAUAAUCUGCGUAUGUUGCAAAUGUCUGCAACAUCUGCUGAUUUUAAUUCCUUCAUGUGUAGCUUGGUAAAUCCUACACGUCUUCGGUAUCUAAAACUUGCGGAUGGUCAUGAUGAGCAGAAGGCUAUGCCUCGUGUUUUGAGCAAGUUUUUCCAUCUUCAGGUGUUGGAUGUUACUUUCUUUAUGUCACUGCAUACAGUUCAUCUAGAGGGUUGCGGAGAACGGAUAGUACUUUCAACUCUGGAAAUGCUUCGAUUUCUUAAAAGGUUGAAGUUGAGAAACAUGCGGAGUGUAACAAAAGUAUCGGUUCCGUCAUUGGAGGAGCUGGUUUUAUAUGAAAUGCCAGAUUUACAGAGAUGUUCUUGUACUUCCAUGGGUGAUAUGAAAUCUAGUUUAAGGGUGUUGGAGAUCCAGAGUUGCCCUGCACUUGAGGUGUUUGAUUUGUUUCGGAAAGGUCAUAACUAUGAACUGGAGCAUAAGCCAUGGUUGCCCAGUCUGAGGAAACUCAUAAUGUGCAAUUGUCCUUUAUUGCAAGUACAAAUCCCGCUUCCGCCUUCAGCUAUAUUAUCUGAACUAUUAAUCAGGGGAGUUUCAACAAUUAUGAAAAUGUGGGGAUCUUCCAUGGGAACAUUCAAAAUUGAGUGUGAGCUGCCUUUUGCUGAGAUGAUGCCACUUGAUGACAGAAUUUUGGCGUUCCAUAAUCUUAAGGAUAUCAAAUACUUGGAGAUAUCAUGUUGCGCAAACAUAACAUCCAUUUCAUUCAAAGGAUUAGGUCAGCUCAACUCUUUAAAGAGUUUGAAAAUAUUGUUAUGCAAAGAACUUUUCUCUUCAGAUGAUGUGCCAGAGCAGACCCUAGAAGACAUAAUAACUGCAAAUAAUGCUGCUCUCCUGGCUCUUGAAAGUCUUGAUAUUAGAGGGUGUGGAAUAAGGGGGACGUGGCUAUCUCUAAUGCUGCGACAUUCGCCAACCCUGAAGGAGUUGAAUUUAGAUAUGUGCCCGCGGUUGAAACAAUUGAAAGUAGAAGAGGUUUCGUCAUCAUGGUAUCUAUAUGAUGCAUUUCGAAGCUCAGUUCGAGCGUCAUCAGUAUAUGUUGAUGAUGCGUGGCCAGGCUUAGCUGUAGACGGAGUCGUGCACAUUCCAUGGAAUCUUAGAAAGAUAACAAUCGGUGGAUGCCCUGAAUUAAUGUUUGAUGGGAGUAGGGAAGGCUUUGCUGGAUUUAUCUCCUUUGAGGAGGUAGAGGAAGACGACGAAGAGAAGGGAAGAUGUCUCCUCCCGCAAUCACUUGAACAACUUGUUUGGUCUGAUUAUUCCCGGAAAACUCUGCGGCCCUGCUUUGUGGGUAAUGUCACGUGCCUCAAAAAACUGCAUGUAGAUAGCAUAAGGUUGGAAUGUCUACAGCUGGAUUCUUUUACGGCACUGGAAGAUUUGAAAAUUGAAUGUUGUGAUCGGUUCGUCUCAUUAGAGGGCAUGAAAUCGGUUGGAACCCUCAGGUCUUUGGCAUUAGUUCAAAACCCAAGAUUGGAAUCUCUACAGUUAAAUUCCUGCACAUCGUUGGAACGUUUUGAAGUUCAUGAUUGCAGUUCGCUCAUCGCAUUAGAGGGCUUGAGGUCCCUCGUGAACCUCAAGCAUUUUGAAAUAUUCGGGUCCCCUGCCUUGGAUUCCUUUACCUAUGAGCCAAUUGAGGGAAUUUCGAGUCAUAGCUAUGAGUUAUUCCCCUCACUGGAAAGUUUAAAGACUGAUGACUUGUGUCAUCUUAAGACGUUAUUCCACAAGGGCCUCACCUGCCUCCGAAGCCUAACACUUUUUUAUUCGGAUGCAACGAGACUAACAGAUGAGCAAGAGAGAGUGCUUCUGCUCCUCGGGUCCUUGCAAAAGCUCUCCUUUGACAAUUGCGAGCAUCUCGUGCAUCUUCCCCCAGGGCUGCACGGCCUCCCUUCCCUCAAGACGUUGAAGAUCAUAGAUUGUGAGGGCAUCUCAGAGCUUCCGAUAGAGGGCCUCCCACCUUCGCUGGAAGAACUGGAAAUCCUCUGUUGCAGUGCCGAGUUAUCAAAACAAUGCAGAUUGCUAGCAACAAGCAAGCUAGAGGUCGAAAUUGAUGGGUGCUAUCUGGACUGAUUAUUGAGUAUCUUUCUAAGGUCUGUUUUCACUUCAAGGCCUCAUCCUCAACCUCAUGUGGUCAUGAUAAUGGUGUCUUACACUCAUAAUCUCAAUAUUUGUUCUCCACUUGUUGGGAUUUCCAAUUAUACGCAGCUAAGAAUUCGAUCCUUUUGUAAGGUGCCUCCCCGCCCGCUUGUCUGUCUAAUGCGCUUGUUCUGUUCCAGCCUUUUCAAUGUCACCAUUCUGAAUUUCUCGCUGAUCCCUGAAUAAAUCCAUUGCCUUGCUCUCGAGAACCUCCUCUACAGCAGGUUCCUGUGGGCCAAAAGACAAAACUGGAUUCCCGUACAAUGAUAGACUGUAGUCGGAAACCGUGAGUGAAGAAACUGUAUAAGUAAAUUAUUGUGCAAUGAUGUUGUAUUUUCAAGAACUUGUGCAGAUUUGGUUGAGUGCUUCCAAUUAUUCAAGGCCGGCCGUGUUGUCCGGGGUGGAUAGCACAACGUAUGAAAA